AUGGACAGUCACUUCUUAGCAUCAUUGAAGGAGUUCCAUGUCGCACUUUCGGCCGCCUUGACGAAUAUCGUGCAGAGAUGGGUUGUCGAUGAGGAGGCGGACUUGCCGUCGCGGAUGCCGCUGAAAAGGCAUGAAGAGGACAUUCUACGAUGGAUACACAAACUUACCGAAGAUAAACUAUUCCCCGCGUAUAAUGGCCAUCAAGGUAAUUGGCGACCGGACUUCUUACUUCCGGCCAAGGGACCAGAUGGAUUUAAAGUUUGUGAAAUCAAUUCUCGGUUCCCGUCCAACAACCUGGAGUUGAACGCGGGGUGGUAUAUGGCCCUAGACAGUAUGGAAGUCAAACCCCUUGGUUUUGACGUGGCAGGGGACCCGGACCACAUGAUGGCCCGUCUAAAAGCGCUUUUUAAUCCAGAAUGGCCGCUUCGAGUUGUCCACAAUCGAGAGAACACCGCGCUAGUCGAGAACAUGGUCAAAGAUCUGGCGGAUCUGAAGCCGCGGAUACUGACAGUCGACGAUCUACAUCUUGUGGCUGACGAGUCUUCGCCGACUGGAUUUAAGCUCCAGUGUGUGAGAGAGUCAGCCUUGUCUACCGACAAUAAAGAUAGAAACAUGGAGGAUGUUCACCAGAUAGCUCUUCGGAUUUUUUAUGACGAGGUCGCCUCCCUAUCUCCUGAGAUGCAGCGGCAGUUGGCGUUUAACAGCAGCAAUGAUAUCAGGUCCAUCCUCUUGACCCACGACAAGCGGAUGUUAGGGAUCCUGCAUCAGGAGUUGGACGAUCUAGUUAACAAAUAUCAUGUCUUGACCCAGAGACAAGCGGACCUGGUCCGGAACGGAGUUGUCUUUACGAUCAUCCCACGGUCAAAAGAACUUGAGCAGCUCAUUGACUCGUAUCAUCAAGGCAAGGUAUCCAAGGAUGAGUUCAUUCUGAAACCUUGUCGGGGAGGUCAUGGAAACGGAAUUGUCCUCGGUAAAGAACUCAGCACUUUCGAGUGGGAGGCGAUCCUUGCCGACAUGCAGAACCCAGCUCUGACUCCUAAUCGGACGGUUUACAUAAUCCAGCCGUUUGUGAAACAGGCUGAAGGAGAUCUGUUCUUAGAUGAGCAAGUUGGGGUUCAGCGAACUCAUCGGGUGGGCGCAUAUCACAGCAUGCACGGCGAGUUUGUGGCAUUGGCUACGUGGAGAGUAGGGCUCUCGACCAAUCGAACCACCAAUAUGACUACUGGCUCUGCUUGGAAAGUGGGGAGUGUGGUAGCAAAGAUGAACUAG